CUCGAUUUCGGAGGCUAAAUUCGAAAAAAGGAGAAACUAAUUAUGAUUCAAUCUCUUAAAAAAGUUGGUUUUGACAAAUACCCAGCGAAGCUGUGUACAGUGCAAUAAUCAAUCGUCAGUAAAAAUCAAGUAAUAAAAACAUUUGCAAAGAAAUAAAACUCAAAAAUUAAUUAUUAUACACAUGUAAACUACUUUUACUUAAUUUCUAGUUAGUAUUUAGUUCUAAGAUAUAACUCUAGUCGAACACACCAAGUAGAUGGUGUAGUGUGUUCGGGGCAUUAUGUACAUAGUAUAACAGUUAAGAUGACACUUGUGAAGAGAAACGAUUAGAAACAAAGAAACGAAGUAAAUACAAAAAGUUAAGCGGCAAAUCAUUGUGCUGAGGAAAAUUAAUAAAUUACAAAUUAUAAGCUUUAAAUGUCGUUUCUCUUUAUAGGUAAAUAAUUUAAGUAAACUAUUGUGAUAAGAAUCAAUAUUAAAUAAUAUAAACACUCUUUAUAGAGAAACCCAAUUGAGUUUAUACAUUUGUUGCUGUGUUAGGCGGAUCGAGUUAAACAAACAUUACAAAACGACAUUUUUGCUAACAUUUGAAGAAUGGAGAAGCUUAAAUUCGAAUUUUUGGUAAAAUCUGCUGAGGACGGAAAAACGAAUAUAAUGGCGAUAACCACAAUCACCACAAGUGAUGAUAGAGUUUUUAAAAUACCAGCAGAAAUGCAGCCAGCAAGUUUACAUGAACAAUUAAUAAAUACACCAACUUAUACAAAAAUAAAAAACACAUUAAAAAGGAGACACCAAACAAGAAAAGUAUGGAUAAAUGUAACGGAAGAUUUAGCCGAAAUUUAUAUGGAUGAUGAUGGAAAUAUGCAGUUCAAAGAUUACUUUCUUGAAGAGAUACCGCCAACAAAUCCCACUGCAGGUAUUUCAGAGGAGUCACUGUCGAAAGUUUUAGAGAAGCUGAGUGCAGAUGAAUACCCUAAUUUAAAGAAAAUUGCUGAAAAAUUUGUGCUAGAAAAAUUCUCAGCCAAAAACUCAAAUGCUAACCAAUGGAUGACCAUAUUUGAAAGCAGCGAAAUUGACAAAAUAUGCGAAAUAUCAAAAGCUAUGUGAUUUUAUAUUUGCGGUAUUUACUAUUGUAUGGAUUGUAACAAGACUUGGUUUCUACCCCCGUAUUAUUU